ACAGCGAAGAAAUAAGGAAUGUCUCUGAAAAUAAUACCCCGAAAGAGCAGCGGACAGUGUUUUCACCAAUUUUACCUAUAUAUAUCAAAAGUUUUUCUGAAACACACAUGGAAUCGACUAUAAUUGACCACACAUGGAAAAUUAAUCAAUUUUUACGUUUUCACGAGAUCAAGAAUGCGAUAACGUUUUCAUCGUUCCCGGAAAUAGAUAAAUGCGAGAUUCUAAUGAAUGUUUCACGUCAACCUGAUACGAGUUAUGUAAUAAAAUUUUAUAUACUUACUAGUAACUCAUUUGACGGUUCAUGUAACACAUCUAUAAUGCUAGAGCCUGAAACAGUUAUAUCAGUUAAUUUUAUUUCGGGUCAUAUGUCAAAUAUGACAUUAUUGAGUGAGAUUUCGACAGACAAGUUUGCUUCGCUUAGUCGUACAGAUACACUUACAAUACGUUGCGAGUUCGAAAUUUUUCAUAAUCUGAUAAAUAAAACUGUACGUCUAAGAUUACUGCAAUCUUCAACAAAUGUUUCAAAAGUCACGAAAUGUCGUGAAGAUUCAACUUUUGAUGAGUCUAGAAAUGAGGAAUUAAUCAAAUUUAUAAUAGGAGAAAAACAGUAUGUUAUAUCAAAAAAAUCGUUGCGCGCCACCCAUAGUAACUACUUUAUCAAUAUCUGCCGUACACAUGAGGGAAAAGAAAAAAAUUUGACCAUUAAUAUGAAUGAAUUAGUAGCGGAUAAUGAGGUAGAAUCUUUUAGACAGAUUUUAUUAUUUAUUUUAACUGGCUCCAUAGAUCAUGGUGAUUAUGACAUGCUUAAAAAAUUGUUAACAACAGCUCAUAAGUAUGAUGUAUCAGCUUUGAAAUUAAUGUGUGAAAAUUAUUUAUUACGCUAUAUUACAAUUGAGAAUGCUGUGGAACUUAUACAACUUGCGUUUUCGUCUAAAGCCAAAUUUUUAAAAAUACAUUCGAUAAGUUUUAUUAAAUUUCACAUAAAAGAAAUUAUGGACACUAAAGAAUUUCAAAACCUACCGCAAGAAGAUUUAAAUGAGAUAAUGGUAAUGAUUGAGAAAAACAAAUCACUUGAAAUCGACAUUCAUCAAUUCUUUUCGUCACCACCUAUGGCAGAUAAGACAUUUUCAUUCGCUAAUAUUUGA